CUCAUUUCCUCACAGAGCGUACAUUUCACAUCAUCCAGCGCAGAAGAAGUUGUUCUGGCAGGCUACUUCUCUUCAUUCUUAGAUGGCAGCUAUGAAUAUAAUAGAAGAGGUCCAGUUCGUGGAUAGACACAGGUCCGCUCUAAUUCAGCGGGUUACUCUGCCAAUCCUCAUAGCGGAUGACCUGUUGGGACAGGGCAUGAUCUCUGGUGAGCUGUACUCUCAAAUUUUUGCUGCCACGACCAGCCAGGAGAAGAUGAGAAUUCUCUAUGAAGGCUUACACACGGGAGGGUCAGAGGUUAAAUCAGCCUUCUACGAGAGUCUUCGGAGAAAUGACCCUCAUUUGGUCAAUGAUCUGGAGCACUGACAAGGUGGAAAAUACAUCAAAAUGGUGGAGACAAUAACUGCCAGAGAGAACUCUCCUGUGCCAAAAACCUCCAGUUGUCUUUUGGAUUCCCUCAGUUUUUUCGCUUGUAUUUCUGUUUGCUUUUCCUUAUUUUAUAGACAAUUUCUUCAUCAUCUGUUUAUUUUAUUUUGGACUUAAAAAACAACACGUCCAUAUAUUUUCUUAUUGUUCUUGUGUGUUGUGUUCA